GCAAAAUACAUAUUUCAGCCCAACGCAUCGUUUUCCAAAGUUUUGAGAUGUGCGGUGUGGUGCGAAGGCUGAAUUGACUUCAAAUCUUUAUUUGUAUGUACUUGACGUGGAUUACCGUGGCUUUUCCCAAACUGAAUUAAAGAUCUUUUGCAGUUUUGAGCUUUCCCGACCAUGUCCCACCACAGCGAUGAUGCUAUGCUUAUUGUGGCAAGCGACAGCUUUUGGGAACCUGGUAACUACAAGCGCACGACGAAGCGUAUAGAAGACAGUUUUAGGUUGUGCAAUGAUCUCAUACUGCUUAUCCAAGAGAGAAGUGAAAUAGAAAAAACAUAUGCCAAGAGUUUACGGAAUUGGUCCAAGAAGUGGAAUGAAACGAUAGAAAAAGGUCCUGAGUACGGAACUACGGAAGCUGCGUGGAAAGCGGUUUUAAUAGAAGCAGAUCGUCGAUGUGAUAUGCACCUUCGUGUCAAAGAUCAACUAUUAAAUGAUACAGUUACUCAAAUAAAACAAUGGCAGAAGGACAAUUUUCAUAAAUCCAUGAUGCAUAUUAAAGAGAAAAAAGAAAUGGAUGACAGUUUUAAAAAGGCACAAAAGUCUUGGGCCAAACUACUAGCUCGUUGUAAUAAAUCUAAAGCUGAAUAUCACCAAGCAUGUAAAAACGAAAGAUCUGCGGUUAAUCAAGAAAGGAAUGCAUCUGCCGACACAUCAUUAUCACCUGAUCAAGUUACAAAGCUACAAGACAGAGUCACCAAAAGUAAAUUUGAAGCGCAGAGAGCGAAAGAAAGAUAUGAACAAGCUUUACAAGAAAUCAAUGAUUAUAAUGCAAAAUACAUGGAAGACAUGACUGUUGUAUUUGACAAGUGCCAAGAAUUUGAAGAGAAGAGACUAGAUUUUUUUAAGGAAAUGCUUUUUGGCAUUCAUGGUUGCCUUAAUAUAUCCACAGAUGCUGAGCUUCCACAAAUUUAUGAAGAAUAUAGGCAUAGUAUACAAAAUGCUGAUGCUAAAAAAGAUUUAAAAUGGUGGUCAAAUAAUCAUGGUGUUGGAAUGGCAAUGAAUUGGCCUCAAUUUGAAGAGUACUGUGAGGAAUUCCGAGAUAUUGGUAAAUUGAAAAAAGGAGCCGUCCCUGAAAGCGGAAUACUUUUGGUGAACCAACAAAAAAUUGGAGAAGAUUUACCUGAAUACACUUCUGACUCUCAAAAUGUGUCAAAGAAAGAAAAAAGAGGAACAAUAAAUAAUGAUGGUGUUGUGGGACCAAAGUUACGAUCAGACAAAAGCAAAAAUUCUUCUAAUCGAAAUUCAGGGAUGAAUUUGAAUGGUAAGCAAGAACAAAAUCCUUUUGAUGAUGAUCAGGAAGAUUGGGACGAAGGCUCGAACGAAGCACUAGUUGACAAUGGGGAACCUGGUGUUCCCGUGCGAGCAUUGUAUGAUUACGAAGGUGCUGAAGAUGAUGAAUUAUCAUUUAAAAGUGGCGAAGUGUUUGAAAAACUGGAAGAUGAAGAUGAGCAAGGCUGGUGCAAAGGCAGAAAAGACGGACGAGUUGGAUUAUAUCCGGCGAGUUAUGUCGAGCUUGCGGCAAAUUGAAACUUUAGUGUUACGACCACCAGGUGAUCCCCAUGGGAUCUGUGCACAAGUGUAAUUUGCUGUACAAAGCACAAAGAAAUUUUGUUCUGUGUUAUAAUGUUUGCCAGCUACAAAUAUGUUAUUGUGCAAUCAUCAAGUCACUGAACGUUUUAUUUUCACCGAAUCUUUAAAAGCAAUUGUUGGAUAAAUUAGUUUUUCAUAACAAAGUAUGGUCAUCAAAACAUAUUUUGCUAGACUUUCCAAGCUCGAGAGAAAUAGCUGUACAGCCGAGAAUUGAAUGAAGAUUGUUAAAAGGGUUUUUGAAAGAUGAAAAAUUUAUACGUGCUGUGAUGAAAAUCAAGUUUUUUGAUAUAGACUACUGGUUAUGCAUGUAACUUUUAGUUCAUUGAUCGCAAGAAGAUGUGUAUUUUGAAACAAGUCACAUUACCCUACUAAUUGUAUACAUUGUUCGAAAAUUAGCUUUGUAAUAAUUUAAUUUUUCAAAAAGUUGUACCCUAUCAAAGAAUGCUUUUACUGCCAAGUUGGAAGUAUCUGUGCUGACAUUGAAAUAAGAUCAUGAGAUUUGAAAAACAAUUUGGAAAUAUUUCUGCAGCCAGGAUUAUACAUGUUUGAAUUGAUUCUAGACUAAGAGCGAGUUGUCAAUUAGUGUAGUCAGAAAAUGCAGUUAUUUCUUAAAUGUGCUUCUGUUAAUUUCCCAAUUGAAAUUACUAUUUGUAAUUGGAUAUUUCAACUUUUUUUUUCUUUUACAAAAUUUGAUGUUUUAAAAAGGUUUUGAAAUUUUUCAAAAGCAGUUUCCAAGAUGAAAGAAUAUUUUGGGUAGUUAUAUCUUUGAACCAUCUGUAAAAAAUAUUCGUUACUUAGGUCAUUAUUUUGAACUUCUAAACAAAUGCAAAAACACAAAAGCAACAAGAUUUUCUCACCAUUAGCUUUUGUAUUUUUUUUUCUUUUUCUUUGUGACUUUAAGAAGGAACUGAAAUGUACUUAUUUUUAGGAUCUCAUUUUAAUAUUUUUUUUCUCCUUGGUAUGAAAAAUUAUUUCAGUUAAAGGCAUUUUUACAUUUUGUUUCCAUAAAUUUGAGCAAAUAUUAGGGUAAGAUGUUCAAAAUAUAGUUAAUGUGCAAUCUUACAUAUAUAUAUAUAUAUAUAUAUAUAUAUAUAUAUUUUAAUUUCAAACACAUCAUAGGUAAAGUAUUUGAUAUUAAUAAUCAUCUGAACAUUUUGUUCUUAUGUUAUUAUUUUCCUACUUUUCAGCAUGUUGAAUAUUGGGGCUUUUCUACGAUCUUUACAAGACAAAAGCUGCAAUUCAAAUGUUACCAUGCUGUUAAGUAUCUAGCACUAUUUGCUAACUUCUUAGCAAAUCCAACUACAGAAUUUACAACAUAAAACACACAUUAUUUAUUAUCUUUAAAAAAUACAUUCAAGAAAUAUAUUUUGUGUGAUUAAAUUUUAAAGAUAUGAUUUAUAAUCAAAUACUUUGAGCACAACAAUUGCAUAUAUAUAUAUGCCUUAGAAUAAGCAGGUACCAUGCUUAGUACAUUUUUAAAUUUAAUUUUACAUUUUUUAAAUAGCCAUCUUUUUAAUCAUUGAUUUCAAAAACUGAUCAAAUGCCAAGUUACAAAAAAUUCAGAGAAACAUUUUUUUGUAUCAUAUUUUUUUUCUAAUAGAAGAUAAAAUAUUUUUUAUUGGUAGGGACACUCAUUUAAGAAUAUUUCAUUGGGUAAAAAUUUCUUAUUGUAGGAUUUAAUAUGAUGGGAAGGUUCUUUUUUUUCUUGAUUGGUUGGUUCUAUUUGGGUUUUUUUGAAACAAGAGCCUUAAUAUGCUAUACUGCACUAACUUUUUUUCUUGGAACAAGAAAUUUGGCUUUUGAAUGUAAUCUAAAAUAAAUUAUUUAAUUAAGGCUGCACUUUGUGAGAUAAAAAAGCAUCUGAAGAAAAGCUCAUUCUUUGACCUACCCAAAAUUUGCCUACUGCAGGAAGAAUUGAAUAUUUUGAUUACACUUAUCAGUCAGUAAUUUUUAUCUUGUAUACUUCUUUCAUUACUUCUUAGAAACUUUUAGGAUAAUACUACUACUAAAUUUGUAUAAAAUAUUCAGAUCACCUUGCUAGUCUUAUGUUUAACAAAUUUUUUUUUUUUUUUUUUGGGGGGGGGGGAGAUGAAAACUUAUUUGUUCUGUUCUUUAACAUUAUUCAAAAACUUUCAUUAUAUUUCAUAAUGUCCCGAUUUUUUUUUUUAGUUUUUUUUUUCAGUUUAUCUUAUUUUCUUUGUUUUUCCUCAGGGAAUUUUUUUUACGAAUUUCAUAUGUUUUUGAAAAACAUGUUUUGAAUUAGAAAUGCAAAUGAAUUUGGCUGAUAUAAGACAUAAAUCUGCGUUUCCUGUUUCAUAUUGAAAAAAUAUUUUUGAAAACAGUAUUUAACUUAAAUACAAAGCUGCUGUCAUCAAAUACACCAGUUCCGAGUAAAUUUUCUACUUACAGGAGAAAAGAACCUUUAUAUAUAUAUAUAUUUUUGAGUACAAUUUCAUAGACUGGGAGGAAAUCUAAAGUCUAAAUUAAAAAAAAAAAUCAUUUGAUGCAUUUUUUCUUUGAAAUUUAGACUAAUUUUAAACAAAAAUAUCUUAAUGACAUAUAAUGAACCUAAUUCAGGUGUGGAUCCAGAUAUGUUUGUAAGUGGGGUCAAGUCUCAAAAGCCCAGUAAACAAACCCAGUCAAUCCUUUGAAUUAUGACGUUCUUGAGAAGAAAUACUUUACAGAACCAAGCAAACAAAAGGUUUCUAUUGAUUCCAUGUACUACUUUUUCGGAUCUAAAAAACUGAAGUUUAAUAAUGAUCAUAAUUAAUUUCUUGUCAUAGGGUGGUCAGCUGAUCCUUUGAUCCUCCCCUGAAUCUGCCCUUGACCUAAUUGAUGCCUGACCUUUUUUAUUUUAAAUAAAAUUGAUUAACAUUAAUACCUGUCAUUAUGUUCAGCCAGUUCAACUGUAUGCUAGUGUAUAUAUAAAACUUGCUCAAUUAUUUUGUGUUUAAACUUUUUUAUUAGUUUGUUUCAUGCACUAAUUAACUGUGCAAUUUGUUAUUCUUUUUCCUAUCUAUUCAUUCAUUGUUUAAUCAUACAUGUUACUGUUCAAUCAUAAUUGUUAUUUAUUGUACCUUCUAAAUGUGAAUUUUUUUUUUCUGUUUUUAUUUCAAAUAUCUAUUCUGUUGCUGUUUUCCUAGUUUAUUUCAUUAAUUUCUCUCUAGUUUAAAUCCUCAUUGUGGCAGUUUUUGCUCUUCAGAAAGCACUUAUCUUGCACAUGCUAAGGUUUGAAAAAUGCACUAUAGCAGUAGAAAGGCAAGUUAGAUAACCAGGCCUUCUAUUUUCAGAAGUAAUAUAGAAAAGCAGAUACUUUUUAUAAAGAAUUCACGUCCAGUGGUAGGUGAGCAGAAAACCAUGUUCCAGCAAAAGUUUUCAUUGCUAUUAUUUUUAAUAAUGCUGUAAAUAUUGAAAUGGGAAUGAAUGGUUCAGCAGAAAGACAAUCUAAGAUGCAAAUGUAUUAGACUCACUGACGGUUUAUUUAUUUUUAUAUAAAGACUCCUUUAUAUAUACAUUUGAUUAUGAGACUAAAAUGUUGUCAAAGCAUUUUGGCUAACCCUUUGUGGCAUGGUGGCUUCGUUUGAGGCAUACAUUUUUUUUUCCAACAAAUUCUGCACUUCAAAGCCAGACUAACAUAAGUCGCAUUAUAGCUACUUUGCGGGUGAGUGAAAAAACUAUUGUCUGAUGCAUUCAAAGGAUGGGACACAUGCACUUUUAUGCUGGUAAAUAAUUGUAAAGAAUUUUUUUUCGUCAUAGCAUAAUGUUGUGAUGAUUCAAUGUGGAAUAAGAUUCUGCAUAUAACCUGAGUAAGCUAACCUAAGCACAUACUUGCAAACCUUCAAAGGGAAAAAAAAUGAGAUUUUACUAGAGGUAUAUAAGUGAUUUACCAACGAAAUAUCCUCACUACAGAAUUAUUAAAUUAUGCUUUUAAAUAACAUGAAUACUUUAAAGUGAAAUUAUGAUUUUUUUUCAGAUGUAAGCAAAUUGGUAGUAGCAAGAAAAAUAUACUGCAAAGGAAAAACUAAAUAAUAAGGAGUGAAUUUGCUUAACGUUUCGUACAUUCUCCAGUCUUUACCAGUAAAGUAGCUACAAAAAUUUAAUUACUAAAAUCCGAAAAAAAAGGAAAUCAAUAUAUAAUGAAAAUACAAUAUAAAAUAAAUAGGUAUAGGGUAGCACUUGUUAAAAUAACAUUAAAAAUAAUUGAAAUACUUUCAAGAUGCAAAAGGAUUGAAAUCUGCUGCAAUUUUCGGCAAAGCACGUGCUUCGUUGAACAUGCAAAGUGGAAAGCUUCUAAAAAAUUAAUUUUUACUAAAUGAGUUAUUAAUUGGAAAAAUUCUUAUUCCCUGACAUUGGUAGACUAGAAAAGGGAGCCAUCUAUUGAGAAGAAAGUGAAGCUUUUUUCAUGAUUGACUUAAAAAACUGCAAAAACGGGAGAAAAUCGUAAAAAAACCGGAAAUCGGAGAAAAGGGAGCCAUCUAUUGAGAAGAAAGUGAAGCUUUUUUUCAUGAUUGACUUAAAAAACUGCAAAAACGGGAGAAAAUGGUAAAAAAACGGAAUUCGGGAGACGAAAGCAAAAAAAGGGAGACUCACGUUAAAAACAAUAGAGUUGGCAAGUAUGUAAGCAGUAAUAACCUGAAAACUGCCAUUUUUGUGCUUAGAUUAGUCUGGUUCUGAAAUGCAGAAUUUAUAACUCUAGAGCUUGAAUACCCUACCUCGCGGUUAUUUGAGAAACUACCAAAAGAGGUAAAACAUUCCGUUCCACGUUUUUCUUUUGUGGUGCAAUAUAAUUUCUAAAGAAUAGAAAAGAAAAAUCCCCAUAAAAAAGAUGAAAAGUUAUUGUCAUUGCAGAUUAAUAAGUUACUGCAUUUGUCUGUUUUACAUCUUUCAGCUGCCAUUAGCCAGAAAUUGCAAUAUACCUCCUAUAGUUUAUUGGAAUUAUGAAUCGUUGAAGCCACUGUGUCAGUUUGCUGACAAAAAAAAAAAAAAAAAGGAAAUUCAAAAUGGUGGCUUCAAACGAGUGCCUCAAAGGGUUAAGUUUUGGUCCGUAAAAGAAAAAAAAACUUAAGCUUGAAAAUAUUUUACAGUUGGAGAUUCUGCAUUCAACAUGCUGUCUCCAUGAUAAUAUAGCUCUCAUUGUCUUCCAUGUGCCCAUGUUUUUCUAUAAUUCCAAUACAUGAAAAAGAUUGAAAUUUCUGCUUUAAUUUGUUGUUGAUAUCAUAAUUUCUUCAAGGAAAAUUACAGAAAGCUUUCAGCUUCAAUUUGCUGCAAAUGUUUAAAUUUGUCUGAUCUUGAUCUGAAAAAGUGAAUAUGUAUUUGUACUUAAACCAGUAUUUCUCCCCCUUCCACUUGCCGUAAGCAGCUUUGAAUUUAUCCUUGCCUGAAUCAUUUACGUUGUAAAUAGUUGGAGGUGUUUAAUUAAAUGUAUAUUCACUUAUA